AUGACCCCUGCACUGCCAGACCCACUGCCCACCCCUGACUUCUCUACGCUGUUCGACGGGUCUACGGUCGACCUGGACCUUCAGUAUCUGGAUACAAAUAGCUCGCUACCCACGACCGCCUCCAGCAGUACCCUGCACACCCCGUCAGGAUCAACCACCAGUCUCAGCCUACCCAGCACGAUAGGACUUCCAACUCCAAAUUUCGUGUCUCCCAAUGAUCUAGACAUCAUAAUGUCACCCAGCGACAGCUAUCUGCACGGAAUAUCUAGAGUCGGAUCCGACGAUCACGAGCAAACGCAAAGAAAUGAGCACCAAGACCUCUCCCUACUCCCCAGCUUCAGCCUCCACUUAACCGGUAAAGAGCGCCACGACAAUGACACAAACGGCUGGCUAAGCACACUCCAUCUGGCCGUGCAAAAAGGCCACGACAGCAUCAUCCGCGUUCUCUUGGAGCGGAACAUGGACUGCAACGAUCCAGACAGCGACGGACUGACGCCACUCAUGCAUGCUACGAUCCAGGGCCACGAGCGGGCCGUGGCGCUUCUACUCUCCCACGGGGCCUGUGCGGGCAAGGUAGACCAUCUCCAGCGCUCGGUGCUCCACUGGGCAGUUCUGCAUCGUCGGGACGCUCUGCUCAAGAUCAUGCUGGAUCGAUGUUCGGGCGAAUGGCGGCUCAUCGACGGGUAUGAUGGGGCGGGGAGGACGCCGCUGCAUGUGGCAGUGGAAAUUGGGUUCGAUGCGGGUGUCGAGAUGUUGCUUCAAUUUGGGGCGAAUUUGCAUCAUCGAGUGAGGAAGACAUGA